AUGGACGUCGCCCCGCCCUCCUACGAUACCCGUUCGGUUACAGAAGACAUAGAAUCUAUCAUAGAACUAUCGGUGAAGCUACAAAACAACUUCUACGAGUUACGAAGGCUCGUUGCCGAGGUAGACGAAAUCCGCGACAUGUCAUUGCAGAAGGCAGCGAUGGACUGUGAUGAGAAAUACCAGAGCUAUCUGGGCUCUUCUCGGAAUGUAUCCACUAGAUUGAACACACUAGUGCAGCGAUUCGCCACGCACAUGAUAUCCAUUGCGCAAUCGCCUCAUAUUGAACCGGAACAGAAAAUACAGAGCGUGAAGCUGACUGCAGAGAAGAUCGCUCAGUUUUCAGAGGACAACUCCCCCAUCCUGACUGAAAACUCUCUAGAAGUAGGAAGCUCUUUGGAUUCACUUCUGGGUCUGCUUAGCCAAAUCAAUCGAUUUCUUGUCCUCGAGAGGGAAAUCAUCCCUGAGAUGAGGGCAGAAUGCACGAUAAUCGAUCAAGAAUGGACACAUGUGGAGCAGCAGAGCGUCUCUGAUGACCCGUUGCCUCUGGAGUCAGGGUAUAGAUAUUUCUUUCCACAUUUCUUUUCAGCGGAAGCGGUCGCAUGUAUCCCUGACGACGCACCUGUACAUCCACUUUUCAGCGAUCCUGAAGAGGAGCGGUUUAUGAAUACCAAGCUUGGGCCACGUUUCCCGCAGUAUCAAACUCGAAGACCGAACCCUCGUUACGAUAAAGUCAAGAAACCUCUAAUACCUCUCUACAGCGAACUCAACAGCCAACACCUCGGAAGGUGCAAAUUGUGCGGAGACAAGGUUGUGGCACUCCAACAAAGGCUGUUUCCGCCGAUGGACAAUGCAGAGGGAAAAGUCAAAGAAGUCAAAGCUCACUACGACAAUGUGCUUCAAAUUGUUACGGCGUUUGAAGGAAUUCUCACGAAGUUGGCUGAAGAUGCCCAAGCCCUUAUUCAAUAUCUCGAGGACCCUACAGGUUCUUUUCAGGAGCAGGAUUUGCUUGGCAGAAUUGAGUCCGAAGCCCCGAUCUACGAGAGAAUUCACCAGGCUCUGGACUACUAUGCUCUGAAAGUUUAA